UGUUGAAUGAUGCUGGAGAUUCGAGAAAGAAGAAUACGUUCCCUUGAAGUUUCCGUGUGCGUUACACGUGCGCAAGAGACCGGUACAAGGAAAGGCGAAUUUGGUGAUCGCUGACAUCUGACAAUCAUGGGCUUCCGGUUCUCCCAUGUCGCUGCCUUCCGCCGGUCCGACCGCCCUUGUGGUCACCUCCUCCCGCUUUCCGGCCAGCUCACUGCUGCUCUCUUCCCGUCCUCUCCGGCCGCGGCGGAGACCCCGAACCACUCCCGGAUCGCUGUAAGGUGGCAUGUUGGUGGCCACUCCCACUCCCACCACCACCACAGCGGCGACAAGGGGAAGGGUUCCGAGGGAAUAUUCCGGCUGGGUCUUGGCGCUGACAUCGCCCUCGCCGCCGGGAAGGCCUUCACGGGCUACUUCACCGGCAGCACAGCUAUCGUCGCUGACGCCGCCCAUUCCGUCUCUGACAUCGUUCUUAGUGGUGUAGCUUGGUGGUCGUACAGAGCGGCGAAGGUACCCAAGGACGAAGAACAUCCUUAUGGACAUGGGAAGUUUGAGACUAUGGGAACGCUUGGGAUUUCUGGUAUGCUUAUGGUUACUGCAGGUGGGAUUGGCUGGCAUGCCAUUGAUGUUCUUCAGGGGCUUCUAAUGUCAAACCCUGAUAUGACCUCUCUGUGUCUGAAUCAUGACCAUCACAUUCAAGGUAGUGGGGGCCAUCAUCAUGGAGUAGACUUGGAGCAUCCAUUUUUAGCAUUGAGUAUGACAAUCAUAUCAAUAUCUGUCAAAGAAGGACUCUAUUGGAUAACUAAAAGAGCUGGGGAAAAGGAAGGAAGUGAAUUGUUGAAGGCAAAUGCAUGGCACCACCGUUCUGAUGCUGUAUCAUCUGUUGUUGCUCUUGUUGGGGUUGGUGGUACAGUGAUGGGCUUACCUUUCUUAGAUCCACUUGCUGGGCUUCUUGUAUCUGGCAUGAUUUUGAAAGCUGGAUAUGAGACAGGUUACCAGAGUGUCAUGGAACUUGUUGAUGCUGCUGUUGAUCAAUCUCUGUUAGUGCCCAUCAAGCAGACAAUAAAUCAAGUUGAAGGAGUCAAGGGAUGCCACCGCUUGAGAGGAAGAAAGGCUGGGUCAUUCAUAUAUCUUGAUGUACACAUUGAGGUAGAUCCUUUCUUGAGUGUGAGUUCUGCUCAUGAUAUUGGUGAGAGUGUUCGUCAUCAGAUACACAGGUGGCAUAAUCAAGUUGCUGAAGUUUUCAUUCAUAUUGAUCCAUCAUAUUCACACUCCUCUAUUUCGGAACCACAAAAGAUUGUGAAAGGCUUAGAAGGUCAAAAUUCCAUCACUCUUUCCAGACAACAAGAAGCUAAAGCCAUUGUUUCUGAUGUACUGUCAAUGCAAUUCUCAGAGCAAAUGUCCCUUGAAUGCAUUACACUCCACUCCUUGCAAGGGAAGUUGUUAGUUCAGGCUCAAGUCUCAAUGCCUGCAGAGUUUCUAAUACGGGAUGCUAUGGAGAUAGCAGCACAUGCAGAAAAGGAGAUCCUGGCAGCUACAUCCACUAUCAACCAAGUCAGCAUUCAACUGAGACUGGGCAGACCGAUAUCAAAACAUCAUGAACCAGUUGACAGAAAAGAAGAAAUAGAGCACUCUCAAACUUAAUGCACCAUUUUGCUGUUAGCUGGUCUGCAAGACUCGUUGUAACUUUACAAACUGCUGAGAAAUAUUCGAUUACAGAGAGGUGCACGCACUUUAAGCACAGUUAAAUAGGAUGGUUCAUAAAUCCACACUACACUGAUGGCAUGCUCAUGAAUGGCGAUGGAGCAUCAUAUUAUACACAUUUUACUUUAUACUUCCAAGUCAAAAUUUACAGAAUACUAUGCAGAAAAGGAAUUCCUGAAGUUAAGGAAUAUGUUUGUAAACCAUAUAAUAAAUCACAGAGGUAAUAGAAAGGGCGUUUUUUGGCCUUGUUUUU